UGGUGGUAUAGAGGCAGCAUGUCAAUGUUGCGGUUCAGUUCCCUUUGCUAUUCGCUGCGAGGGCUGCCUCUGACUGUUAAUCCUAUUGUUUCGGUAACACGGUGUCCAUGUUGUCUCACUUUGGUAGAGGUUUCUGCCACUGGCAGAACAGGAAAAUGGCUUGUAUUGAAAAGGAAUUAUUCAUCCAUCAUUCCUCAGAAGAAGACAGAGGAGGAACAGAAAUGUGAAGCUGCACGUCUUUUGAAAGUGUUAGAAGCCCGGAAGUGGCAACUUCUGACUGAGGCAUUGGAGCCUGAACCCUUCUCUGCAAAGCAUGACAGCAGAGCAGCAUUAACAGAGAGAGAGCGUGGCAUGGAACCUCGGGUUUUUACCUCAGAUAAGACAGUUGGAGACAAACGUCCCGGAGUGCCUAACAUCCCAAAGCUGGCCACAGAUAAAAAUGUUUCCAAAUCCACAUCUCCUGCAAGUCGAUGGAUGGAGAAACUAAAAAAGGAAACUUCGAUCACACACAAAAGGCAGAUGAAAGCUGCCCACAAAAGCAAGUCUUGGAGUAGUGACAACCGUGACAGUAAUAGAAUGACAGGUAAUUUCCCAAAAGAUUUCAGAUGGGCUGACGCUGAGACUGACCUAGCAGGAAAUUCCAGGCAAUCUACAGACAGUCCUAAAAUAGAAAAAAUUCCUAAUAAAAAAGCAGCAAACCAUUUUAAAAUGGACAUGAAAACAGAGAGGACAGUACGGCCUUUGGCUGCUGUGCAGCACAGUGUGUACUCUUCCUCUAGGACUAAUUCAUCAAAGUCAGGUCAGGCUGCAGAGACUACAGAUGUGGAAUUUGAAGAGUGCUCAGAUGAGACCACCUGUGCAAAGGGGGCAGAGGUAGACAAACAGCUGAACCAGUGGCAUCCCACUGAGACUAUGAAAGUGCUGGCAGACGUGGACAGCCAACUUAAUGACAUGCAGCUGAGUAUCCUGGCCUACCUGGAGGCCUGUCUCUAUAUUGAAGAUGUGGAUCGAGCCCAGGAUUGCCUGAUGUUCUAUCAUCACAAUGUAAACCGAAGGAAACUGCUUAACAUCAAGAUUUAUAACACACUCAUGCAUUUCUGGUCUAAAAAACGGGACUCUUUAAAGCAGAUCAGCAAUCUGUUUUUCCUUGUGGAGGAAGCUGGCUUGAAACCCAACUUGAAUUCUUAUGCAGCAGCAUUGGAAUGUAUGGGGCGUACGGAUGCUGUUUCACAACAGGUUGUCAAAAGGUGUUUGCAGCAACUGAAAGAAGAUGGAUUUAGAGUGGAUGCUCUGUUUCAACAAUGCAUAUUUCGGGAAGAUGAGAGAGAGAUGGUGUUGGCAGCAAUUCAGAAAGUGCAUACUGAUUACCAUCCACCAUCCAUGCUGACAUGUGAGCCUUGCACAUCUCCACUGGUCAAGGAAUUCUACACUAAGCGGAAGUCUGUCAUGAACCCCAAAAUGGAUUUUGAACUAAGGGAACUGUUGAAAAAUUUCAAUAGGCAACUGGAGAUAGAGCAGGAAGGCACAGUGACUAUUAAUUCUGUGGAAGCAGAUAAAAUACCUACACCACAUAUUAUUAAAAUGAGGAAGAUAUUACAAGAGCUGCGUUCUAAAUGGCAAAAAGUUUUGCUUCGAGUCUUUCGGGAGUACAAGUUCAGCAUGGGUAAUAUGAAUCAACAUUCAGGCAAGAUAAGUCUUUACCCUUACUUCUCCUUGCUGCCUGACCGGGAAUACAUUGAAAUUAUGUUGCAGAGCCUCACUUCAAUACCACCAAAUGGGGAGUCAUUGUUGGUCAUGGCCAGAGAAAUAGGAACAAAAAUUAACAACAAGUACUGUAUCCGCAAGAAAGUUAAAACACAGAUGGUGAACAAAAUAAUGACAAUUUAUUCGUCUUAUGCUAAGCUGCUAACAGACAGCAUAGAAUUGAAUAACUUCUUGCCUCGGGAGUACUGGACAAACCUGGAGGCAGAAAUGAGCAGUGGACCAUCUCUGAUCAAUGAGGACUCGCCAUGGCCUUCUGUCCUGGUGGUUCAUCUAGGGACUCACCUGCUGGAUUUGAUGGUAAAGGAGUUAAAGGUGCCUUGCAACAUCCUGAACCCAGAAAUGGAGGAGAAACGUAUCCCAGUACUCUAUCACAUGUACACAUUCCGCUGUAACCAGCAGGUUGGAUUUAUAAAACCUCAUCCCAUUCUCACCCAGAUCCUGGCUGAAGCAGUGGAGCCUACACUGACAUUUGAUGUUUAUGUUAUGCCAAUGCUUUGUCCACCAGUGCCAUGGACCUCUCCUCAUUUUGGUGGAUAUAUCCUUUCCCCUGCCAAGCUAAUGCGCAGUGUGGAGGGUGCCAUUCAGCACCAGCUGUUGCUAGAGAACUGCAGGAGUAGUGAUCUAUAUGCUGUACUUGAUGCACUGAACCAGCUGGGAAACUGUGCCUGGAAGAUAAAUCAACCAGUUCUUGACAUAAUUGUUUCUAUCUUCAAUGACAAGGGUAAUGAGAGCCUAGAUAUUCCUCCUCCACUAUCAGAAGCACCAGAGAUUCCCAAGUUCAGCCCUAAACAAAAUUACAGCCUCUUAGAUAAAUCACAGUUAAAGCGUGCAAUCACCCAGUGUAGGAAGAAAACAGCAGAAAUGCACAGUCUGAGAAUGGACACCUUGUAUAAACUGUCAAUAGCUAAUCAUAUGAGGGAUUCAAUUUUUUGGUUCCCACAUAAUAUGGACUUCCGGGGACGGACAUACCCAUGUCCACCCCAUUUCAAUCAUUUGGGUAAUGAUGUUACCAGGGCCAUGUUACUGUUUGCCAUCGGAAAGCCAUUAGGCAAGCAUGGUUUGAACUGGCUAAAGAUUCACCUUGUCAACUUAACUGGCUUAAAGAAAAGGCAUUCCCUCAAACAGAGAUUAGAAUAUGCAAAUGAGAUAAUUGAUGACAUUCUAGACUCUGCUGAUAAUCCCCUGACAGGUAGAAAGUGGUGGAUGAAUUCAGAUGAGCCAUGGCAAACCCUGGCCUGCUGUAUGGAGAUUGCAAAUGCAUUACGAUCACCUGAUCCAGCCAAAUGUGUGUCAUAUUUCCCUGUGCAUCAGGAUGGAUCAUGUAAUGGACUUCAGCAUUAUGCAGCUCUAGGACGUGAUGUGAUUGGUGCAAAAUCUGUGAAUCUGAUGCCCAGUGAAUUGCCUCAGGAUGUCUACAGUGGAGUAGCUAUGCAGGUUGAAGAGUUUAGGAAGCAGGAUGCUGAAAGGGGAGUGAAGAUUGCCCAAGUAUUGGAUGGGUUCAUCUGUCGGAAGGUGGUGAAACAGACUGUGAUGACUGUGGUUUAUGGAGUAACAAGGUUUGGAGGAAGGCUGCAGAUUGAGAAGAGACUGAGGGAAAUUGACAAUUUCCCAAAGGAGUAUGUUUGGGAUGCAUCUAAGUAUCUUGUGCAGCAGGUGUUUUCCAGUCUUAAGGAGAUGUUUACUGGAACCAGAGAAAUCCAGGACUGGCUGACAGAAAGUGCCCGUCUCAUUGCUAAGUCUGGCAGAACAGUUGAGUGGCUUACGCCUCUAGGUCUUCCCGUCAUCCAGCCUUACCACAGAAUAAGAAGGACAAGCCUUAAAAGCACCAUGCAACAUUUGAGCCUUCAGGUCACCCAUGAUGUCAGUAUGAAGCCUGACACAGUAAAGCAGAAAAAUGCUUUUCCGCCUAAUUUUAUCCACUCUUUGGAUUCCACUCACAUGAUGCUGACUGUUCUACAUUGCUGCAGAGCUGGAUUAACAUUUGCAUCUGUACAUGAUUGUUUCUGGACCCAUGCUAUUACUGUGGACACCAUGAACAAGAUAUGUCGGGAGCAGUUUGUAGCUCUUCACAACCAGCCAGUCCUGCAGAAUCUUUCCAAAUUCAUGGUACAGAAAUACAGCCCUGACCUGCCACCUCAUCCCAAAAGUAAGAAGUUCAUGGAAUUCCAGAGAAUGUUGGAGUUGUUUUCAAAGGUUCCACAGACAGGAGAGUUUGACCUGGAAAAGGUGAAGGAAUCAACCUACUUCUUCAGCUGACCAGCUGAUUAUGUUCUUGAAGAAGCAGUGCUUUUCAUACUGAAACAUGAUAGCCUGGGCUGAAGCAGUGACCAGAAUAACGCUGAAUACUCACUGGUGCAUUCUGUAAACAACCUCAGCAAGGUGCAAGAGAGAGACAGAGAAAGGCAGCUCAGUUUGAGGAGUUGUCUUGAUGCUAGCAACUUGAGAGCCACAUUGGUUUUAUGCCAAUGAUGGCUUUCACCACCAACAAACUUGAAUUAUGGUAGCUGGCUCAGGGUUACUUUAACAGGCGGGAGCAAAGCCAUCUGAGAAUAAUGGUGUUAAAAAUAACUCCUAUCUAAAUGACAUAAGUUAUUUAUGACAGUAAAUUAUAUUUUAAAAGAGAAGUUAUAUGCUAUUCCUUAUUUUCUUUCCUACUUCGGUAAAUCUAGGAGUUCUUUGUCAUAACUGUCACUAGUCAUUACUCUUUGAACUGUGCAUCAGAUUUAAUUUAUAAAUUCAGAAUGUAUGUAUUCAGUCUACUUUUAAAGAACAUCUGUUACAAGACUUCAUUAAUGCUGCUUGCAUGAUGGUAAAAUGUAUUUUUCCUACCACUUUAAUGUGUGUACUAAAUGGUGUAAGGGAAAAGGUUAAAACUGAUUAUCUCUUAAACCAAGUAGUUUUGAGGUUGUCAAGUAAGACCACUAAUAUUAUGUUCAUUCCAUAUUCCUGCCUCUUCCCUAAUGUCAGUCAUUCACUUCAUUUGAAAAACACUAGCAGAAGAAAAAAUAAUUAAUGUGUAUGUGUGUAUGCCCAGUCUGCAGUUGCAGUUUGAGAGCGAAAGGUAAUUUUGUGAGUGCACCUGGGCAUGACUUAAGUGUUUGUCCUUUUUGGACUGCUGGAAGUGUGCAUAUUAUUUAAUGAGAAUUUUACAGUUAAUUUACCUCGUCCUGCUGUCUGGAUGAAGUGAAAUUUGCAGAAGACAUUUUUUUUCAAUAUGUAUCCUUCACAAAAUAAAAGAUUUCCCCUGAAUGUACCUUGCCAUAUUUGUGCUCACUUUAGCCAGCAUAGCUGUGAGCAAGCAAGUCCUACAUUUUACCCCUGCAAAAGAGUAUUGAUGUUUCUUUCCUGUUCUUUUGCUUUGUUUCAAAAUACAGUUAUUAAAUGACAAAUCUGUUUAUAUUAGGGAAAACUGAAAACAAAUUUACUUUUUAUGCUGUACAGUAUUUUUGUAUGAAGAAAUAAAAUUGAUAAUUACUUCAGA